AGUGCAAAUUUCUUUCCAUGGUAAGGCCGCAAACCGAUUUAAAAGUUUGGCAAGAUUUUAUGCUAAAUAAUCUACCGGUAGUGUAAUGCAAUCUUAUGAUUAGUUGAAGCGUAUCAGUGGCAUUCAUUUGUUGGUAAAUCGUGUGUUCUAUUGAAGGUUAAAAAUGACUGAACCACCUAUUUGCGUAAAUGUCUAUUCUACUAGUGCUACAUCAGAUAAUUUAAGUAGGCAUGACAUGCUGAAUUGGGUAAAUGAAUGUCUUCAAAGCGGUUACUCAAAAAUUGAAGAACUUUGCACAGGUGCUGCUUAUUGUCAGUUUAUGGAUAUGUUAUUUCCUGGGAGCAUCUCUCUUAAAAAGGUCAAGUUCAAAACUGUUCUGGAGCAUGAGUAUAUCCAGAAUUUUAAACUGUUACAAGCAGCAUUUAAAAAAGUUGGAGCUGAUAAGCACAUACCAGUGGAUAAAUUAAUUAAAGGACGUUUUCAAGAUAAUUUUGAAUUUCUACAAUGGUUCAAAAAGUUUUUUGAUGCUAAUUAUGGAGCAAGAUAUAAUGCACUAGAGGCCAGAAGUGGAAUGACUAUUGGUGGAGGAGGUGACAGCCGAAGUACUAGCAUUUCCAAUAAAUCAGGAUCUACUAAUCGUCUCGCAUCUAAUAUUUCGGUGCAGAAAACUAUUGCUCGUGCAGCUCCUUCUGCAAGAAGUAAUCCUGCUAGCCAGAGGAUUUCAAGCCAGAGGAUUACAAAUAGAGGUGAUGCUCAUAGAAUAGAGGAACUUACAAAUCAGAUUGCAGAGAUGAAAGUAACUGUAGAUGGGCUGGAACGGGAACGAGAUUUUUACUAUGGAAAAUUAAGAGACAUUGAAGUGCUUUGCCAAGAGCAAGAGAUGAGUGAAGAAAAACAACCAUUCAUUGAGCAGAUUCUUGAAAUCUUAUAUGCAACAGAGGAUGGCCAUGCGAGUGACUAGUAUUACAAGAUAAUAGUUCAUCAUCCGAAGAAAUGCAUCAAUGGUGUGCUUAUGUUGAAAAAGUGUUAAAUAAACUUUUUUCUUUUUUCUUUUUUUUUUUUUUUUAACUAAUCUUAAUUCCUAUUAAAAAAAUUCCAGAUCUCUCAAUGUACCAAUAGGCAUGAUUAUGAAUCGAAAAUGUUAUCCCCCUCUUCAUUAAAAAUUUUAAAAAAAUCUUUAAAGAUGUAGCUGUAGUUACAGAA